GCGUAGAAAGGAGGCCAUAUUGUACAGUUAAAUUGAAAGAACGAAAAUAAUUGUAUCGCCGUUGGCCGAUCGCUCGCGCUCGCACCGCCAUCGGUUUCCCCGGUCUUCUGUUCCCCCGUUAUCGUUCGCGUGCGACGGCAAAUCCCUUUGCUAACGCUUUGCGUCGCUCGUUCACGUCCGUGGCGAAGCUAGGAGAAGCGAGAGAGCUACGAGCACACACACGGGAGCCAAUCGGCGGCUCCUCGGCCUUCUCUGCCCUUUGUAUAUAAGCCAUACGUCGUCGCAGUAGCGCGAUUCCAAUUCCCCGGGAGUAACCAACGUCGGUUUGCUGAGAAGUGCUUGUUGCUCGCUGCGGUCAAGAUGGGCACUCGGGACGACGAAUACGAUUAUUUAUUUAAAGUUGUUCUCAUUGGAGACUCUGGAGUAGGAAAAAGUAAUCUGUUAUCCCGAUUUACAAGAAACGAAUUCAAUUUGGAAUCGAAGUCUACCAUCGGAGUCGAAUUUGCAACACGCAGUAUACAAGUAGACGGUAAAACCAUCAAAGCCCAAAUUUGGGAUACAGCUGGGCAAGAACGUUAUCGUGCGAUUACCUCUGCAUAUUACCGCGGAGCAGUUGGUGCACUACUCGUGUAUGAUAUUGCAAAACACCUGACGUAUGAAAAUGUAGAAAGAUGGUUACGAGAAUUACGGGACCAUGCUGACCAGAAUAUUGUGAUCAUGUUAGUGGGAAAUAAGUCAGACUUAAGGCAUCUGCGUGCUGUUCCAACUGACGAAGCUAAAGCGUUUGCUGAGAGAAAUGGCUUAUCUUUCAUUGAAACAUCCGCUUUAGAUUCUACUAACGUUGAAACAGCGUUUCAAAACAUAUUAACAGAAAUAUACAGAAUCGUAUCGCAAAAACAGAUACGAGACCCACCUGAAGGUGAUACAAUCCGGCCACAAAAUGUAGAACAAAUUGAAGUCAAACCAACGAUGAAUGCUGAGGGAGUGCGUAAGCAGUGCUGCCAGUGACUCACCUUGUUGCUUAAAAUAAGCAGUCACAUGGAGGAGA